AUGGAUAACAAUUUGGAAAACAAAGUACGAACGUGCAACAACUGCCAGAUAAAUAGAAAGAAUCCUCCUGAAGCGCCACUGCACCCGUGGCAAUGGCCAAGCCGACCAUGGGAAAGAAUUCAUAUUGACUAUGAUGGUCCAUUCUUGGGGAAAAUGUUCCUCAUCAUGGUCGAUGGGUACUCAAAAUGGCUGGAAGUGCAUCCAACGAAUGUGGCAACAUCGAGAGCAACAAUUGAAAAACUUCGAUCAAUAUUUGCAAUCCACGGCCUUCCUAAAACAAUUGUUAGUGAUAACGGUAGUAAUUUUUGCAGUGAAGAAUUCGAAGAAUUUCUGGCGAAAAACGGCAUUCAUCACAGACGGACUGCUCCUUAUCAUCCAGCCUCCAAUGGACUUGCAGAACGGGCGGUCCAGACAUUUAAGGAAGGGAUGAAGAAGAUGUCAAAUAAGGAAUGUUUGGAAACUAGAGUGUCUCGGUUUCUCUUCAAAUACCGUAUCAUGCCACACUCAACCACAGGGAUAGCGCCAGCGGAAAUGCUUAUGAGCAGAACACCAAGAUCUCGCUUGGACGUACUACAUCCAGAUGUAAGACAAAGAGUACAGGACCAACAGAAGAAGCAGAAAGAGUUACGCGAUCAACAUGCAGUGGAUCAACAAUUACGACCAGGUGAUUUAGUAUAUUCGAGAGAAUAUGGAAAACAACAAAAGUGGUGUCCAGGAGUGAUCAAUACACAAACCGUUCCAGUUUCCUAUACCAUACAGUUGGAAGAUGACCGCGAGGUUCAUCGCCACCAAGAUCAGGUGAUCCAUAGAGAAACACCCGAAGAAAACGAAAAUGACGUCAUGGAUCCAGAUAUCAACCAGCAACCCGUUCCAGACCAACAAGUGGUUAGCGAAGAAAAUGCAGUUCCAGCAGCCCGAUAUCGGCAAAGAGACAGACAGACACAGGACUAUUAUUCGUGA